AUCCCCCCUGCCCGUCCCUCUGGCCGCGGUGCACGCUGGGCUAUGUGCUCGUUGCCAUGGCGACGCCUGGCGCUCGGCAGGCUCUAGGCCUUGGCUGCAGGCACACAGAGCUGCUUUGAGGCCUUGGGCUGAGAUGGAGACCAGCAAGAAGCCAGCAGAGCAGAGGAGAAAGCCCCCAAAGUGUGUGUCCAUGGGAAAGGAGGAUGGGGACAAGGUCUUGGAUGAGCCACUGCUGCUGCAGCUCCACUCCUGGAGGAAUCCUUCUGACCUCACCUCUGUCGACAUCAGCAGCCAAAAGCUGGGCUCUGCUAAAGAAGAUGAUUUGGAGAAAUUUGAUUGUGUUGCUUUGAUAAAUGCUGCUGAGAACCUGCUGAAGCUUGAGACCUUUAGGAAGUUUCCAGCCCUGAGGGAGCUGAACCUGUCCUUGAAUGGACUGAGGAACCUCAGCCUCAGCCCUGGGGACUUCCUGCGUUUGGAGCGUUUGGACCUCUCCUACAAUCGUUUGUCCCCCCAGGACGUUUGGAGCUUGGGGAGCCUCUCCCAGCUCCGAGUGCUUCACCUGACAGCUAACGGCCUUAGCUCUCUGCCCACAGACCUGGCAGGCUCCUGGCACUGUGCCCAGCUGAGGUUCCCAGCUCUGGAGGUCCUGUCCCUAGAUGACAACCUCCUGGCAGACCCUGAGGUCUUCCUGAGCCUGGCACACCUCUGCAGGCUGCAGGAGCUGAACCUGGACAGGAACAGGAUCUCAGCUGUGCCCUACCUGCAGCAGGCAGAGGGCAAAGAGCUCUUCCUCCAACCCACCCUGCCAGGGGGCACCUUCAGGGCACAGUGGUUCAAGUGCCUCUGGCAGCCACCAGGGCAGCAGGACAGGGAGGUGCCAGAGGUGGCACCCAAGAGAGGGCAGCUGGAAGGUGCCAGGCUGAAGGGCAAGGAGGAGCUGGAGGGGAGAGAGUUCUCUUCUCAUCCUGGCUCUCAGGACCCUCCAGGCCAGGCCUCCCUCUACUCCAGGACCCUGCCCAGGGCUUCUCAACCUCCCUUUCCUCGCCUGCAACAUCUCAGCUUGGCCUUCAACAAGGUGACAGAGGCCAAAGCUCUCCUGCCUGUGGCUUUCUUUCCCUGCCUGCAGCAGUUAACUUUUCACAGCAACCCUCUGAGCAGCAGCAGCAGAGGCCUCCCACCUCUGCUCACUCAACUCCUUCAGCACCAUCUGGGCAUCAAACUUGUUCACCAGAAGAGCCUGGGCCUGGGGAGGUGGCACUGCUGCAGCCCUCUCAAAGCCACCUACAAGGUGCCAUCCCAGCUGCCCAGGGUCCAGAGGCUGCCGAAGGUGCUGGAGGCUCCUGCUGAGGCUCCCCGCUGGGCACAGCCCCCAGCUGCCCCCGGGGCUCUGAGCCAUCCUGCACCUCCAAGUCUCUCCCAGCCUCUGCCCCAGGUCACCUCCACGGCCACAGCCAGCAGCCAGCAGCCCAGGGAGGCUGAGCCCAGGCCUGCUGAGGAGGACUCAGGAGCCUUCUUCAUUACCCAGGUGGAAGAUGUCUCCAAAGCCCAGCUGAGAGCCUCAGCAGAGGGCAGGCUGGAGAAGAGGAGUGAGGAGAGGGAGGAAGGAAGCUCCCAGGAGGUUCCAGAGUGCUACAAAGGCUAUGAGGAGCUGCUUGGGGGAGACUCAGACCCAGGUUUUCCUCAGCCACUUGGCCUGCAGCAGAAGGUGCAGGCUCUGCACCACCUCCUGAGGUACCCCUGGGCACGGCACCAGGCUGCCAGAGCAGGUCUGGGCAGCCAGCAGGAGAGCAAGAGGAAGCAGGGGAGGGUGCCCAGAAGAGCUGAGGUCCUGGAUGGAAUCCUGCUGGCCAUGAGGAACACCUCCAGCAUCACUCAGGUCCCUCUGGCCUCUCUCCUGCAGCAGAGCAAAGCCAGCCCCAGGCCCUGCCUGGAGGUUCAGAGGCUCAGGAAGGAAUUCCAGGAGGUCUUUGAGGUCCUCUCCAAACUCCUCCAGGAGGAGAUGCCUAAACCCCUGGAGAAGACCCAGCUGGGGACAGGCCUCCCUGGAGAGACAAGAGCCAAGCAAAGCCUCCAGCAGCUUCCAGGCAAAGGAGGUGCCAGGAAAGGGCCCAAAGUCUUGUCCAGAGCACAGAGAGAGCUUCAAUAAAGCUUCCCACACCUUG